AUGGCAGAGUUAAAUGAUAUUAUCAACGAGUUUAAAACUCAACCUAAGGAAGUUGUGGUUAAGAAAUUAAUUAGCUCGGUUGAAACCCUGACAAGUAUGAAAUUGUUGUUAGCCGAAAAGUGUCAAGCUGUUCAAGGUUUCCCUAAAGGAGAACUUCGGUCAAGGCGAAAGCCCAAAGGAAUAAGCACUAGCAGCUGUCUUGAAGAACGUUUGUCUGGUGAUGUAGCUGAACUAAUAAACUUUUUAGAAACAGAAGUUGUUACUUCAGAAAUACGGAAUAUGUUCGAUAAUAUGGCCGUCACUUCGGUUGAAGAACACCAUAAUACAAUUCAAGUUAACAAGAGAGCUCCAAGUCCUUUUAUACAAGAUAGAUCUAACGGUUGGACUGGAAUGAAAAACCAAAUCUGUUGUAUUCAAAAUGAAUUCCAACUCUUUAAUUUAAGGAGGAAGUGUCGAAAAAACUUGUAGGACUCGAAGACAAAAUCGAAGAACUGUUGGUAAUUAUCAAAACCCAGGAUAGCGAGAUUACUUCACUUCAGAAGCAAAACGAAAAUAACUCGUGCAAUAUUUGCAUAUGUCACACUGUCCCAGUGGACCCUCAUUACAAUUGUUAAAUAAAACGGAUGUAGACAAUUGUACAAUUGUAUCCCAGGACAAUGGAUCGAACGCCUCAAUAAGCAAUAAUAAUAAUGGACUGAUCACCCUAACAAGCAGCAAUAGUUCUGACUAUUCCGCCGAAAAUUCUGGCUCAAUGCAGUCAAGUGAAACGGUCGUUAAAAAGGCAAGAUACACAAGGUCUGGAUACGAGGUAUUCUGCAAUCUGAUUGGUUCUCUACUAGCAGGAUAUUAGCUCAUAUCCUGCUGGUAGAGAAAACAAAAUGGCGGUCAAACUGAAUUUACGAUGUUUUGCAAACGAGAAAACGGCAAGUUGUCGCUUUUUAUAGCUUUGCAGGAUUAAAAACACAAUGAAAAAACUCCCACAAAUUGUUUCAGGUUAGCAAAUAAAUUUUUAAAAUUUAAAAUGGUUAAAAAUAUAUAUUUUUGAAAAAAUAAUCGGCCGAAAGAGCGAAGAUAAAAACAUAAACAAAAUAGAAAAAUAGAAACUCAAUAGAAACUUCAUGUAAGCCUCUGCGGAGAAGAGAGACUUCUGAGACUAUUUCGGAUUAUUUAUCUGGAAGAGGAAUUUCCCCGACAUUACUACGAGUUUUCCCCAGUCGACGUAAAGGCACAGUCUCCGCUAAAGUUAAUGUAUGCGUUGCUGAUGUCGAAACCAUUACCAGAGAUAACUUUUGGCCCAAAUUUGCUGUAUGCAAACCUUGGAUAUCAAAAGAGAAAUUUCAUCUGAAAAAGAACAAUGUCGAGAACUAUGAACAACACUAGCAACAAAAAUAUGUUAAGUUGCAAGAUCAUUGUGUAACAAGUUAAUCGAGUUUCAGGCUCUGGUUUUUGGGAAUGAUCUCGAUUUUAUUGCUUUAACAGAAACGUGGCUUAAGCCUGAUAUUAAAGAUUGCGAAAUACUACCUGGCAAUCAGUAUAGAGUCUAUAGGCGGGAUCGUAGUGACGGACGUCGCGGUGGAGGGGUUUCUUUUAGCUGUUAAAUCUAGUAUUUUGAGUUUCAGAAGAGAUGAAAUUGAACCUGAUGCCGAGAUUCUUGUUUGUGACUUAUUGCCAAAAGAUGCAAAGAAACUAACUAUUUGUGUAUGUUAUCGGCCUCCAGACUAUGAUGACUUUAUUGAACCGUUUGCUUCUUUAUUGGCCAAGGUUAAUCCUGAUGAUAACUCCCGUCGAUUUUAA